AUGAUAGGUCCGGACUUAGUAAACAGCAUAUUAGGGGUCCUAAUCAGGUUCCGCAGGCACGCAGUGGCGAUAACUGCCGUCGUAGAACAGAUGUUUUACUAUUUCAAGGUCGAGGAGAAGCAUCAAGACUACCUUCGCUUCUUCUGGUACCAAGGACACGACUUCAACAAACCGUUGCUGGAAUACAGGAUGACAACUCAUGUAUUCGGCAAAUCGCCAACGCCAGCUGUAGCAACUUUCGGUCUUAGGAGAGCAGUUGAGCAGGCCGACACCGACGUGAAGGAAUUAGUCACCCGUGACUUUUACGUCGAUGAUGCCUUAACCUCAACUCCGGAUAGCCAGUCUGCUAUCUCGCUAAUGAAGAUAACUCGCGACGCUCUGCAAGGGAACGGCAACAUCCGGUUACACAAAAUAGCCUCAAACGACAAGGCGGUAUUGGAAGCAUUUCCCACUGAAGAUCUGUCAGGAGAUCUUAAGGAUCUGGAUCUUCAAGCGGACUCGACACCACUGCAACGCAGCCUCGGUUUAUAUUGGAAUUUGUCAGAGGACACAUUCACCUUCAAGUCGGACAUGGACAACAAACCGUAUACUAAACACGGGUUACUUUCUACCAUUAAUAGCGUCUUCGAUCCUAUCGGUUUCGCUGCUCCCGUGGUGUUAAAAGGGAAGCUCUUGUUCCGAGACCUGGCCGCGACCUCCGACUGGGAUGAACCGCUCGCGGAGGACAAACGUCAUGAGUGGGAGUCGUGGCAAAACUCCUUUACACGGCUCAAUGGUUGUCGUGUCCCCAGGCAAUAUCUCAAAGACGGUCAGGAUAGCUCUGUUGAGGAAUUGCACAUUUAUUCCGAUGCGUCUAAAGAAGCUAUUGCGGCAGUGGCGUACUUCUGUCAUGGAGACAAGGAGAGUCGCGUCUCUUCUUCAUUCAUUCUUGGGAAGGCCAAGGUUGCUCCCGCCCAUGGACAUACUAUUCCGCGACUCGAACUAUGUGCGGCGGUGCUGGCUACCGAAUUAGGCCAGGUCGUCUGUGAACAGCUGGACGUCGAUCCCGCAACUAUUCACUAUCACACGGACAGCAAUGCAAUCCUGGGCGCCGAUAAAAAACCAGCGGACAUCGGGACACGGUGCAUCGAAGCUGAUAAACUCACUGGCAGCUUGUGGCUCGCAGGUCCUUCAGGUACAGUAGACAAAUCAGAAACGGACAAUCAGGAGUACGAUCUUAUCUCACCAGCAAAGGACUCGGAAGUCCGACCAAAUGUGACUUCACUCAAGACCAUUAGUUCCACCAAGGAACGUCUCGGUCCUGAAAGAUUCAGUAAAUUCUCGACUUGGACCUCGCUCAACCGGGCCCUUGCCUUGUUGAUUUCCUACGCCGGACAUCACAGUUCGCUGGAUGGAAACAAACGGUACGAAUCUCUCGAGGCUCUGGAAAAGGCCAAAACGUGUAUUAUCCGGGAGACUCAGCAGGAGGCUUACGCUAAGGAAAUUAAGAAACUUAACAAUUCCGAGGCGAUUUCGAAGGAUAGUCCUAUCGCGCCGCUUUCACCGUACUUGGAUGAGGAAGGCAUCCUCAGAGUAGGUGGACGUUUGAACAAGUCUGGGUUUCAACUUCUCGAAUCCAAUCCUGUGAUAAUACCAGGAAAACAUCACGUGGCCACACUGUUAGUGCGACAUCAUCAUUCGCAGGUAUACCACCAGGUUCGUCACUUCACCGCGGGUGCUAUUCGUUCGGCAGGAUAUUGGAUCACCGGCUCUAAGAGGCUCGUCUCGUCUCUUCUUAACAAGUGUGUUCGAUGUCUCCGAUUGAGAGGAAAACCUGUUGUUCAUCUCAUGGCCUAUUUACCACAGGAUCGUCUCACGCCAUCUCCUCCGUUCACUUAUGUCGGUGUAGACAUAUUCAGCCCAUGGUACGUCUCGUCUCGGCGCACUAGAGGAGCUCACUCUAAACAGAAACGCUGGGCAGCUCCCUUCACUUGUUUGGUCACGAGGGCUGUCCACAUCGAGGUCGUCGAAGACAUGUCUUCAUCAUCCUUCAUUAACGCUCUACGACGGUUCAGUGCUAUUCGCAGGAACGCUAAAGUCUUCCGGUCAGGCAGGGGAACGAACUUUGUCGGAUGUACUGGCCCCGUUGGAAUACCUGCCAUCAAUGUUGAGGAUACUCCGGUAGCCAAUCACCUUCUCCGCAAUGGGACAGUUUGGCGCUUCAAUCCCCCUCAUGCGCUCAUAUGGGUGGGAUUUGGGAGAGGAUGA